CCCCGCGGGCCGGGCCCCGCGUUAUGUCGUGAUCCCGGGCGGGCGGCGCUGCUGCUGCUGCUCAUGGGGCUGCUCAGGAUUAUGCUGCCGCCCAAGUUGCAGCUGCUGGCGGUGCUGGUGUUCGGGGUGGCCGUGCUGUUCCUGGAGAACCAGAUCCAGAAGCUGGAGGAGUCCCGCGGCAAGCUGGAAAGGGCUAUUGCAAGGCAUGAAGUCAGAGAAAUAGAGCAACGUCACACAGUCGAUGGUCCCCGACAAGAUGUGACACUGGAUGAGGAAGAUGAUGUGGUGAUUAUUUACAACAGAGUACCCAAGACUGCCAGCACAUCCUUCACAAAUAUUGCCUAUGAUCUCUGUGCUAAGAACAAAUACCAUGUUCUACAUAUCAAUACAACCAAAAAUAACCCUGUUAUGUCUCUGCAAGAUCAGGUGCGCUUUGUGAAGAACGUGACCUCGUGGAAGGAGAUGAAGCCGGGAUUUUACCACGGCCACGUCUCGUACCUGGACUUCGCCAAAUUUGGUGUUAAAAAGAAACCAAUUUACAUAAAUGUCAUAAGAGACCCUAUAGAACGCCUAGUUUCUUACUAUUACUUUCUGCGCUUUGGAGAUGAUUACAGACCAGGGCUACGGAGGCGAAAGCAGGGGGAUAAAAAGACCUUUGAUGAAUGUGUGGCAGCUGGAGGUUCCGACUGUGCUCCAGAGAAACUUUGGCUUCAAAUUCCAUUCUUCUGUGGCCACAGCUCAGAAUGCUGGAAUGUGGGAAGCAGAUGGGCUUUGGAACAAGCCAAAUACAAUCUGAUUAAUGAAUACUUCCUAGUGGGAGUUACUGAAGAGCUUGAAGACUUUAUCAUGUUAUUGGAGGCAGCUCUGCCCCGGUUCUUCAGGGGUGCUACAGAACUGUACCGGACAGUGGCUUCAGCUUUUUAAAGUAGCUGAUGUGGCAGAUUUCCAUUUCCUCAGAAGCUCUGCUGGAAUUAACUGUGCUCAGUGCAGCCUGGUUGGCUGAGCAAUAAAGCCUGAGGGAUGCAGAGACCCAAGUAGAUGUUUAUCUUCCUGGGCUCCUAGCUAUGAGAAGUAGCUCACUUUCUAGGAGCUGGCCAUUCAAUUUAUGAUGAAGAGAAGAUCUAUCUUAGCAGGGCUCCUAGCUGCAAAUAGAGGGAGAAAAGGAUCUGAUGUACAGAGCCUAGAUACAUAGUAUUAACAAGUUAAUUAGAAAGCAACAGCACUCCUUGGGGAAAAUCUGGUCAUCAUUUUGGUCUUCUUUGUCUCAGAAACUCUGCAACAGGGAUAUGGCUUAUGUAUAAUUUAUGAUAAGACUAUAGUAUCCUAUUUAGAUGGGAGAGUAAUGGUUUAAAUGCUGUUAGUAGAGAUUAUAUUUUGAUUAGAAAUAGACAAUUGAAAUCAUGCAAAAACAAGAUUUUUUUCUCUUUUAUGGAGAGCUACAGAGAGCUACACCAGAACAGGGAGGUUUUUGGUAGUUUGAGUUGAAUAUAACCUUCCCUGGAGAUAUUUAAAAUAUGUGUAGAAGUGGUGGAGGUAUUUAAAAGAUGUGUAGGUGUGGCACUUGGGGACAUGGCUGACUGGAACAUGGCAGUGUUAGGUUUGUGGUUGGACUUGAUGACCUUAAAUGUCUUUUCCAACAUAAAUAUUUCUAUGAUUCUAUGAAAGAAGUCUCUGCAGUUUCUAAAAUUCUUAACAUUUGAUACCAGAUUAGCAUAUAAAUAAUUAAUUUUGAAAGACCAGUUUUGCUCCAGGUAGAUUAUAUGGAGUAAUCUUACUCUUUAAAUGAAUGUUCAUUCCCUGGGUUUAUUAGAGCAAACAGGAAGAAUUGAAAGAAUGGAUGCAAAAUUCAUAAACAUUAAGUGAGAGAGGCUGCCGGUUCCAACUCUGCAUGUUGUGUUAAUAAAUUUUGGAUUAAAGCCUGCUCCUUCUAAUGCAGUUUAUCAACACACUGAGAAUAUAAAAUCUCUGUAAAUAACAAAGGACUGUAAACAUUUUUUGAGCACAUGAACU